AUGUUAAAUGACUUUGUUACUCAAUACGACAAAACAAUCAAGUCUAGGAGGGAUAUAGAAGAAGAAGAGGAUUUCAAAACUAGAAAUACAAAAGCAAUUUUGGAGACUAAUCAUCUAAUUGAAGCAAUGGCUGGAGAGCGUUACACAAGAAAAUUAUUUGAGAUUUUUAAAAGAGAGUGGAAGGCUGCUAUACGUGAUUACUUUCAUGAAAAGAUUUCAACACACAAAAAUGUGAUCAAGUAUCGGGUAGGGUCUCCUGAAGUUGAUAAAAAGUGGUGUGCAAUUGUCGACUACCAUUUGACUGAAAUAUUCACAGCUCAUUGUUCGUGUGGAAAAUUUGAGACUAUGGGAAUUUUGUGCAAACAUAUUUUAUACAUCAUGAAGAAGAAACAAAUAAUGAACUUACCUGAAAAAUAUAUUAUGUCUAGAUGGACAAUGAAUGCAAGCUAUAAGGCUGAUAAUCUUGUAGGUUUUCAUGCAGAAACAACUACUAAUGAAGUUAGUGCAUUGUCUUUGUGGUCGGUUCACUCCAAAGUCAACAUUGCUAUUUCUGAAGCCUCAGAUUCUAUUUUAGAGAUUAGAAUGCUUGACACUAUGAUUACUGAAUUUCUGCAACGACAAGUGGAAAUAAAGAGAAACAGAACUGAUGACGAACCAACUCCCCAAAUUGUUCCUUCACAAAUUCCUAGUAUUGUUUCUCAAGUUUCACUCAUUAGUGAUGUGCGUGAUCCCACCCAUGUAAUAAGAGCUAAGGGGCGUCCAAGGGUUGCUUCACAUAUAAAAUCAAGUUUAGAAAUGUCGACAAAACAACAAAGAACUUGCAGUUAUUGUCAAGGAAAAGGUCACUAUAAAACUGGUUGUCCAAAGCAAAAGAUGGAUAUUGCAAAAGAUAAGCAAAAGGAGUAA